GCCCGGUUUCGGAAAGUCGUUACUCAGCAGCAGCGGCUGAGGAAACUCGACAUUCACCUCGUUAUUUAUUUAUUUUUAAAACAUCCAGGCCCCCUAAAGACCAAUUUCUCUGGCCAAACCUGCCACGGCGUUGAAAACCUCAGGGAUUUCUUUAAAAAAAAAGCCAACAGAGAAACGCCGCGGCGUCUCCCUUGGGUUACCUGCAAGCUGUCUAGCAGGGCUAAUGCCCAGCACCACCUACGUUUCAGCCUCGAGGCGUUUACUAACUGCUUAGUCUUACGUGGGGAGCCGCAGGUAGGUUGUGCAGCUGUUGGACACGUCUGCGUUUUAAAGACCACUGGUGGGCAUGGUAGAGAAAACCCACACCUGCAGUUCUCUGAAAAAGUAAAGGCUGACGCACCUACUCGCUCAGCUCCACCUCCGCCUUCCUUACUUGCUGCCCGGUAUGCUGCUUUCAUCUUUCCACGUGGUAUCUGGCCCCCUUCCCAUAUGGACAAGCAAGGAAGUCUGCUAGCUGCGUGCAGUGGCUUUGGAGAAGCUGAUGGGGGAAGGCGAAAGGGAAAUCAAAGUAUACAGCAGGAACCGUCAGUCCCCGUGUUAGAGCUGCAGUCACUGGGACGGCGUGUGACUGGCAGACCCAGUGACUUACUGAAGCAACUUCCACAAAGCUGCAGCCAGCACUUGUUGGAGCCGCAUCAGACUGUGCUGGCUAGUAUAGUACUGCCCCCUAACACCCCCGACCACCAACGGCUUGCCCGUACCCAACAGCUGCAAAAAUGGAGUGACAUUUUUACAAGGCUCCCGACAGAAACGCUGAGGAAGCAAGCACACUGUGCAACUGGUUAUCGCAGGCACCAACAGGCCCGGAGAGAUGCGAGAGGAACGCCCCAACGGGUGAAACGUGCCCGAGCCCUGCCGACAGCCACCACCGCUCUCCCUCCGGCAGCGGCACGAACCUUUGGGUUCGCUGCCAAACCCGAAGAGAGGGGCAGUAGGGCAGGGAACCGAGCAGCACGGUGCCCUUACUGGUCUGGUGGGGCUCAGUCCAACCCCGUGCUGCCGUGUAGCUGGCUUUGUGCCCCGCUGCCGUACCGAGUUUGAAAGCGCUGUACUUCCAGGUUUUUUUGAUGAUCACAGCAUCUCUGUUACGUUGCUGGUUCCUGUUACUCACUCUUUGGAAGAGGUAGCCUGGAACUCUCUGCUAGAGGUAGUAUCUUUCAGUGCUUUCUUGUUUUCAAGAUACUAUAAAACAGUAUUUCAUCUUCUUUUAAUUAUUCAUUCAAUCCUUAAUACCUCACAUCAGUCCGAUACUUGUUUGUGUCUAGGAACCAAUUUUAAAUUAAUACGAGAUCGUACUGAGGGCCAGAUCCAAAGACGAUUAACGUUCACGAGAGCCCUUCAACUGAGCAGUUGGCUGAAAGUAUUUUACUUCUCGAUGGAAUAGUGAGAUAUAUGUAUUUAUGUACUUCUGAGUUGCAGCUAUUUAAGAGCAGAUAGAUUUAAAAAUAAACAUCAUUCAUUUCAC